AUGCUGCUGCGCAUCAACCAUUCCGGACUCUCUUUUGACGACUACUUGCAUCUGCUCCCCAAGGAUUUACUCGAUGAACUGACUCUCCUGGCUGACAGCUUUAAAGGUAUGCGGUUUGUUCAUGCCAACAGCACAGUUAGCGGCGGUGGUGUCGCGGAAAUUCUUCAGUCCCUUGUCCCGCUGAUGAACUCUCUCGGAGUGCAAACCGAACGUCUUGUAGUCAGCCCCGAUGACCCCGAAUUUUUUCAAGUAACCAAGAGAAUUCACAACUUGUUGCAGGGUGCUCAGGGUUCUCUUUCCGAGCAGGAAUCGGAAGUCUACUACCGGUGCGUGGGAGAGGUUGCGAAAGAGAUUGAUUCCCGUGGUCUGGAAGCGGACGUCUGGUUUUUUCAUGACCCCCAGCUUUUGCCGAUGGCGUCCCUAAUGCCUAAGAGAAACGGUGAGGUUCGUUUCUGGGUUUGUCACAUAGACCUGACCGCACCAAAUGCCGGCGUACUACAGGAAUUGACGCCUUUGACACAACACUUUGACGGACUGGCGUUUUCUCUUCCCGAAUUUGUACCUUCCGCCAUAAAUGGUCACCCUCCCCACUACAUCACGCCCCCUUCCAUUGACCCUCUGACUGACAAGAAUCGUCCCAUGGAAAAGGAGGAGGCACUAGGCAUCGUUGCAGCCAUGGGUCUGGACCCCAACCGGCCAUUGGUUACCCAGGUCUCAAGGUUUGACUACUGGAAAGACCCCUGGGGGGUAAUGGACGCCUACCGCUGGGCACGUAAGUCUGUGCCGGGAAUUCAGUUGGCUUUACUGGGUUUAAGCCAGGCUGCCGAUGAUCCGGAGGCGCUAGGUGUGUUGCACAGCGUCAAGGAUUAUGCAUCAGGAGACCCGGACAUUCACGCAUUCUUCUACCCGGACGAUCUUCCUGAUUCCAUAGACCGCAUAGUCAAUGCCUUUCAGACUGCCUCGGUGGCAGUUCUACAAAAGUCGACCCGGGAGGGUUUUGGCUUGACGGUAUCUGAGGCGAUGUGGAAGGGUCAGCCUGUAAUAGGCGGCAACGUGGGUGGCAUUAAGACUCAAAUCGAAGAUGGGGUAAACGGCUUUUUGGUCAGCACGCCGGAAGAGUGCGGAGAAAGAAUAGUCCACUUAAUCCGGGAUGAGUCGCUCCGGCUACAGAUGGGGGAUGCUGCCCGCGAGAGUGUCCGCCAGAGGUUCUUAUUGCCUCGCCUUGCCGUUGAUUACCUCAGGGCUGCCCAGUCUCUUAUUGCCGGCCAAGCCAACGGCCAGAUGCAUAGACUAAACGGACAGCGCCUCGGCGCUUUUGAAGCAUUGGAACAGAUGAACUUCGGCAGCAAUCCUACGAAGUCAGUUAAGGGUUCGCCUUACUUUUCGCAGCAUAUCGACAUCCAGUAA